UAUAAAUGCAGAAUGUGUCAUAUUAUGAAACCUCCCAUCACAGACUAAUGACAUGUCUGACCAGAAGGAGGCGCUCCUUUCACUGGUAACCUGAAGAUCAGGGGAAGUUUAAGGACCUUGGACAGAGCAGAGACCUUUGAAUGUUUGAGUGAAGCUUCAACACCGACUCCAGCUUCAGGUCGCCACAUGACGCUUUUGAAAGGCGCUGCGGUGCCGUUCGCAGAUUGACACCUCUUGGUGUAAGAACGUGCCCUCCUAAACUCCUCAUCAUCACCGGCAGUGGAAGUGCUCCUGCAGCAGCCCAAACUGUGCCGUCCUUCCUGCAGACUGUGCGCAGUCUGGCCGGCUGCUGCGCGGGGACCAUGGAAGACAAAAGUAAGGACGCCAAGGGGCAAGAGUCCUACCAGCGGAGGAUCUGGAAGAAUUUCCAGGAGAAAACCAAACCGUGGCUCAGCCCGAAACUCGGAUCGGAGCGACGCAGCGGCGGUGGCGCGGAGAGCAGCAAAAAGGAAUCGGGCUUGUGGAUGUUUAAGAGGAAAAAGAAACAGCUGGACCGGGUCUUCUCGUCGUCUCAGCCGAACCUGUGCUCCCCUGCGCCGCCGCCGUCUGAAGGAGACCAGACGUUCACCGGCGGCGGAGGCGACUCGGUCCCCGGAACCAGCGGCGACGGCCAGCUCCUCCUGAAAGGAGGAAAAGCGGAGCUGACGGCGCUGCCCGUGUCCCAGCUGGUCACGCAGCAGCAGAAGAGCUCCUCUCUGGGCUCGGCGUGCUUUGAGAAGCUGGUGGUGGAGCCGGUGGUGGUUGGAGAGGAGGAGCUGCUGCGUAAAAACGCAAGUGAUUCCGGUAUCAACAUAGUGGGGCCCAGUAAUGCAGACGCUCCGCCUCAACCUCCAAGCCCAGCCAUGUUCCAGCUGGAUAUCAUCCUAAAGAAAGGGAAUAACCUGGCCAUCCGAGAUCGGACAGGGACCAGCGACCCAUAUGUAAAGUUUAAGAUUGCAGGGAAGGAGGUGUUCAGGAGUAAGACCAUCCACAAGAACCUGAACCCGGUCUGGGAUGAGAGAGUCAGCCUUCUGGUGGAAACUCUGAGGGACCCACUCUACGUCAAGGUUUUCGACUAUGAUUUUGGGCUUCAGGAUGAUUUCAUGGGCUCAGCUUACCUCUACCUGGAAUCCCUGGAACAUCUGAGGACGCUGGAUUUGACUUUGGACCUGAAGGACCCGCAUUUUCCUGAAAAUAAUCUGGGAAGCCUAGAACUAUCUGUCACUCUGUCACCAAAGGAGGGAGACGUGAGAGAUGCUACCAUGCUUUUGAGAAGGAACUGGAAACGAUCUAGUAAGUAUCAGAGUAUGCGUUUGUCAGAUGUGCACAGAAAAGCACAGCUGUGGAGAGGGAUUGUCAGCAUCAGUCUGAUAGAAGGUCGUGGCCUGCAGCCUAUGGACGCCAACGGCCUCAGUGACCCCUAUGUCAAAUUCAGAAUGGGACACCAGAAGUAUAAAAGCAAGACAAUCUCCAAAACGCUGAAUCCUCAGUGGAGAGAGCAGUUUGAUUUCCACUUGUAUGAUGAGCAGGGGGGUUAUGUAGACAUUACAGUCUGGGACAGAGAUGCUGGCAAGAAGGACGACUUCAUGGGAAGGUGUAUGAUCGACCUGUCUCUCCUGAGUAAAGAACACACACACAAGCUGGACUUGCCUCUGGAGGAAGGGGAAGGUGUGCUGGUGCUACUGGUUACACUCACUGCCUCUGCUGCCGUUUCCAUCUCAGACCUGUCAGUCAACAUCCUGGAUGACCCACAUGAGAGACACCAGAUCAUGCAGCGAUACAGCCUGUGGAGGUCAUUUCACAAUCUGAAAGAUGUCGGUGUGGUGCAGGUAAAAGUCAUCAGAGCCGAAGGACUCAUGGCAGCAGAUGUCACAGGUAAGAGUGAUCCCUUCUGUGUGGUGGAGCUGAGUAACGAUCGGCUGCAGACGCACACAGUUUACAAAAACCUCAAUCCAGAAUGGAACAAAGUCUUCACUUUUAAUGUGAAGGACAUCCACUCUGUGCUGGAGGUCACUGUUUACGAUGAGGACCGGGACAGAAGCGCGGACUUUCUGGGAAAAGUGGCUAUUCCUUUGCUAAAUAUCCAAAAUGGAGAAUGCAAAGCCUACGCCUUGAAAAGCAAGGAGCUGACAGGGCCAACAAAAGGGGUCAUCUUUCUCGAAAUAGACGUGAUUUUUAACGCUGUGAAAGCUGGCCUCAGAACUUUGAUUCCAAUCGAGCAAAAGUAUAUUGAAGAAGAGCCGAGAGUGUCCAAACAGCUGCUGCUGCAGAACUUCAACCGUGUCAGGCGUUGUAUCAUGUUCCUGAUCAACACAGGCUGCUACAUCAACAGCUGCUUUGAGUGGGACUCUCCACAGAGGAGCAUCUGUGCAUUUGUGCUUUUUGUCAUUGUGGUUUGGAACUUUGAACUCUACAUGAUCCCUCUGGCUUUGCUGCUGCCGUUAGUUUGGAACUGCAUCCGUAACACAUCGGGGAAGGACACCAGGCAAGACAUGCAAGCAGUGGAAGACCUGCUGGAGGACGAAGAUGAGGAGUUUGACAAAGAUGAUAAGGACCCUAAACCAGGCCCCUGGGAGGACAGCCAGCUGCCUAAAAGCCAUGUCCUUGAGGAUAUGUUGGCUUCCUGGCACUUUGAGUGGAUACGAGCGAUGGUGGACUCAGAGAGAAAGGGCUUCAUGAACAAGCUGUACGCCAUUCAGGACGUGUGCAUUAGCGUGCAGAACGCGCUGGAUGAAGUGGCCUCCUAUGGCGAGAGGAUAAAGAACACUUUUAACUGGACUGUGCCUUUCCUAAGCUGGCUGGCCAUCGUGGCUCUCGGAGUAGCCACUGUCAUCGUCUAUUUCAUCCCUCUACGAUACAUUGUGCUGGCCUGGGGUGUGAAUAAAUUUACCAAGAAGCUACGAGACCCUUACACAAUUGACAACAACGAGCUGCUAGACUUUCUGUCCAGAGUACCCUCAGAUGUACAAGUGGUGCAGUACCGAGAGCUGAAACUGGAUCCCAAUCCCAGUCCAAAUAAAAGGAAGAAAAACAACCCCGGGUAGAUGACUGCAUCCGCCCACUGACUCUGUCUUCUCCACUUUUCUUCUCUUGGUCUAAUACUGGACACAGAGGAGCCAAGGAAGACCACCUCAGCUCAUCUAGUCAUCGUCUCGUCCCCCUCUUCUCUGAAAACCUGUUUGUGUCUUUAAUGAUGAUGUACAGUAUCCUCAAGUGUAGCUUUUAAAUUAAUGAUCAUUCUUAUUCCCAUCAUGCUACUGAGUGAUCUU